GCGGAGGUCUGGGCCUCGUUAACAUCGUGCUCAAGCUGCACGUGCAGCGUUUUCUGCUUUUCCGGGAUGCAAAGGACCCGACCUUCAUCGCCGUGCUGCACCACCUUGGAUUCCUACAUCUCGGGAAUUGGAUGGUGAGCACGAGUGGCCGCACGACCAAGGGAGCCGCCCUGAGGUUCUACAAGGAAAUCGCCAGCUCCAUCGAGUUUCUGCAGGCCCAAUUCUCCUGGGAAUACCUGGCGACCGUCGGAAAGAGGCGGCUGUACUGGGAUGCCGUUUCCGCAUCCUUCCCGCCACCGCUCUACAGACAACCACCGACGCCCGACGACGCGACGCGACUUUACAAACUCGUGCGAAUCCUUCCCAUCCCUGUGGCGACAAGGGACUUCUUCGUCCGGAUGCACAUGGAGGUCCUUCCAGUUAAAACCUGGCUCCAUCAAAAGGGGUUCUUCGUGCCGUGGUCCCUAAACUGCGACCUUUGCGGGGCGCCCGAGACCAUCCAGCACGUCCUAGUCGAGUGUAGCAAUGCCUACCUCUUCUGGGACGAGAUGAGGACGACGUUUGAGCUCAGGGACUCCUUCGAAGUGGAGUGGAGCGUCUUCAAGUAUCUGCAACUCGAGGAGAGGGAUAAGACGGAGGUGGCGCACGUGAUGAUGCUGCUGGGCCUGCACGCCAUCUGGCAGUCGCGCACCGCAAUGGUGCAAUGCCAUCUCGACGCGCGUCCAACCUGGAGCUACUUCGUGUCCACGUUGGGGUGGGUGCUAUCGGUGACGUCGCGGCAGCCGAACGCGGGUGAUUGGGAGUGCAUCGAGCGACAACUCGAGGAAGGUCGUCGCCGCUGCGUGCAACGACGUACGUCAGGCGUGGGAAACUGGCGAGUUCCCGUGAACUGUAGGCGCGUUGGCGUUGGCUGA